AUGGCCGACACAGAGAAGGGCCAGCCCCAAUCUUUGGCCAAAGCAAGGUCCAAGUCUUUCGACCACAAUGAAUAUGGAGCCUACACUCCCGACGUGGCUCUCAUCGAGGCAGCCGCAGCAACCAGUACUGAAGAAGCCAAACUUCCUCGCAAGGAGCUUUUCUCUCGCUACUGGCCAGCUGUCGUCUACAGUACCCUGCUGAGUAUGGCUCUGGUUAUGGAGGGAAUGGAUGUCGGUCUGAUCAACAACUUCUUCGCACAGAGGGCCUACAAGGAAAAGUUCGGUUGGCCUGACGCCAGCGGCAAAAUGCACAUCUCUGCUUCGUGGCAGGCUGGAAUCGGUAACGGCCAGAACCUGGGCAGCAUCAUUGGUCUGCUGUUGAACGGAUGGCUCCAGUCCCGUUUCGGAUCUCGCAAGGUGUACAUGGGUGCGAUGGCGACGAUGGGAGGCACCAUCUUCCUGCUGUUCUUCGCCGUCAACGUCCAGAUGUUGCUCGCCGCCAACGUUUUGUGUGGUAUUCCUUGGGGAAUCUUCCAGACCCUGACUACCGCCUACGCUGCUGAAAUUUGCCCUGCUGCUCUGCGUGGAUAUCUUACGGCUUGGGUUUCUAUGUGCUGGGGUGCCGGUUCGUUUUUGGCAGCCGGUGUUCUGCGAGGCGCCCUUGACCUGCCCGAUGGCGACUUGAGAUGGAAGAUUCCCUACGCCCUGCAGUGGGUUUGGGUCGUCCCCUUGUUCAUCGUUGGUUUCCUUGCGCCCGAGAGCCCCUGGUACCUUAUUCGCCGCGGCCGAUUGGCUGAGGCAGAAAAGUCCCUGACACGUCUUGCGCGCAAGAACCACUAUACCGAAGAGACCAUGGCCCAGACUCUGGCUUUCAUGAGACACACCAACGAAAUGGAGAAGAUCGAAGCCGAGGGCGCCACCUAUAAGGAUUGUUUCCACGGCACCAACUUGCGCCGCACUGGUAUCGUCUGCAUGGCGUGGAUCAUCCAGAUCCUCAACGGUCAAUCUAUUUGCAGUUAUGCCGCCCUCUUCCUGCAAGCAGCCGGAAUGCCCGAGGUUCAGUCCUUCAACUUCAGCAUGGGAAUCCAGUCUGUUAAUAUUGUGGGUACCGGUAUUGCUAUCAUGCUGAUGGGAAGGAUUGGUCGUCGAACAUUCUUCUUCUAUGGUUCCUCGGUAAUCGGAUUGGCCAUGCUUAUCAUCGGUAUUCUGGGAUUCAUUCCGGGACAGAAGAACAUCUCUAUUGCCGUGGCUGUUGUCAUGAUUAUCGUCAACUUGACCUUCAAGCUGUCCUUGGGCCCUACGACCUACGUUAUUGUGGGUGAAACCCCUUCGAGUCGUGUCCGAGCCCAGACCAUCGUCUUGGGUCGUGCCAUCUACGUCUGCGGCCAGAUCGCUGUAGUACAGCUCAACCCUCGCAUGCUCACCGACAACCCCGACGCCUGGAACUGGGGAGCAAAAACUGGCUUGUUCUACUUUGGUCUUUGCUUGAUCUGGGCCGUUUGGAUCUUCUUCUUCCUGCCCGAGACAAAGAACCGUAGCUUCGGAGAGUUGGACUACCUCUUCCAGAAGAAGGUUCCAGCACGCAAGUUCGAGACUGCUACCGUUGACUUGUUCGAGUUUACUGGUGGUGACAAGUUGGCCGAACCAGUCGAAGAUACGCGAGGAGAGAAGCGUGACUGA